AUGUCUUGCUCCGUCGCGCUCCCGGAGACCCUGCACGCGCCUCUCUUGUGCGUGGGCGCGUGCACCGUGGGGGGUCUGGUUCUGUGGCUGCUGUGGAGGCUCCUGUCCGGGUUCAGGAUCUGGGUCCUGGGCAACGGCCGUCUCCUGAGCCCGGAGCUGGGCCGCUGGGCAGUUGUGACCGGAGCCACAGAUGGAAUCGGGAAAUCGUACGCAGAGGAGUUGGCUCGUCGCGGUUUCGCCCUGAUGCUCAUCAGUCGCUCUCAGGACAAACUUGACGAUGUGGCAAAGUCAAUUGAGGAGCAGUACAACGUGGAGACCCGCACCAUCGCUGUGGACUUUGGGAAAUCUGACAUUUAUCCCAAAAUAGAAGCUGGACUGACUGGUCUUGAGAUCGGAGUCCUGGUGAAUAAUGUGGGCGUGUCCUACCCGUACCCAGAAUACUACCUCCACGUCCCAGACCUUGACAAUUUCAUCACAAACAUGAUCAACGUGAACAUAACGUCAGUCUGUCAGAUGACUCGCCUGGUGUUGCCCCGGAUGGUCAACAGGUCUAAAGGUGUGAUCCUCAACAUCUCUUCAGCCAGCGGGAUGUACCCGGUGCCUCUUCUCACAGUCUACUCCUCCACCAAGGCAUUUGUGGACUUCUUCUCUCGUGGACUGCAUGAGGAGUACAGACGGCAGGGAAUCAUCGUGCAGAGUGUGCUGCCGUUCUUUGUGGUCACUAAGAUGACCCGCAUAAAGAAGCCCACUUUGGACAAACCCACUCCUGAGAGAUACGUGCAGGCGGAGCUCACCACAGUGGGAUUGCAGGACCAGACCAACGGCUACUUCCCCCACGCCGUCAUGGGCUGGUUCACGACCAAACUCGUGCCCAGUUUCUUGGUGAUGUUCUUUGCCGCCAGAAUGAACCGUCUGCAGAGGACUGGUUAUCUGCAAAGACGCAAGCAGAGGGAGCUGAAAAACGGACUGAAAACUGACUAA